AUGGCUACCUCCCUACACUCCAAAAUCCAUGUUGUAGGCACUGGAGAAUCCACCAUCACCUUGUCCUUUUUCACUGAUGCCCAGUACUCUUCCUUGCUUGUGGACCAGCCUGUGGCCCUCAACACAACAUUAUAUGUGGCCCUAGAAGCCACCAAUGCUGAUCCAGAGCGGUUUGUUCUAGUGGUCAAUGCUUUCUUUGCCAGCAUCAAUGCUUCUGGGCCUUCAGCCCCUGAAAGUACCUACUACUUUGUGCAACAGAGCUGCCCAGUCAGUGACAAGUUACUCAUGCAGCCAAACACAACUGGGGAUUCCUUGAAAGUGAAGCUGGCCUUCCGUGCGUUCCGUUUCUUCUCCAGCGAUGUCUUAUAUUACCACAGCCGUGUGACACUGUGUGACAAGCUGGGGAAGAGCUCCUGCCAACCUAACUGUACUAGGAUGCACCAGAAACAGAGGAAGUGGGUUGAGCUGGAAUACCAAAACAAGAAUGGGAGUGGUUGGCUAACAUAUGGGCCAGUCCGGUUCCAAGAUUCUGAUCCUUCCCACAACAGGGCCCCAACAGGACCUAUGAGGAUUUGGCUGACAUUCCUUCUCCUGGUGGUGAUCAGUUGGAUGCUGGCAUGAGAUUCCCACUUCCCUACCAUCCUUUUCCAAGAGUCUAUUAGGAAAUA